GAGAGGAGCGUCGGAUUUGGUGUGUAUCCCCCCAUUUCCAAUUAUAGAUGGAUCAUUACAGACAGCGGAGUCCUGAGAAGCCAGACAUCUGCUCCUCACAUGAAUGCACUCACCUCCUAGAGACCAGGCUGCCAUCAUGCUCUGGAAACUCGUGGAGAAUGUCAAGUACGAAGACAUCUAUGAGGACCGGCACGAUGGCGUCCCAAGCCAUAGCUCGAGACUCUCUCAGCUGGGCUCUGUGUCCCAAGGACCCUACUCGAGCGCCCCCGCCUGUCCCCACACACCAUCAUCGGACUUCCAGCCACCCUACUUCCCGCCCCCCUACCAGCCGCUACCCUACCACCAGAGUCAAGACCCCUACUCCCACGUCAACGACCCCUACUCCCUGAACCCUCUGCAUCAGCCCCAGCAGCACCCCUGGGGACAACGACAGCGCCAAGAAGUGGGUUCAGAAGCCGGUUCUCUCCUGCCCCAGCCCCGGGCGGCCUUGCCCCAGCUCUCGGGCCUUGACCCCCGAAGGGACUACCACUCUGUCCGCCGGCCGGACGUGCUGCUACAUUCGGCACACCACGGCCUGGACGCCGGCAUGGGCGACAGCCUCUCGUUGCACGGUCUUGGGCAUCCCGGCAUGGAAGAUGUGCAGUCAGUUGAAGAUGCCAAUAACAGCGGCAUGAACCUAUUGGACCAGUCAGUCAUUAAAAAAGUUCCUGUCCCUCCCAAAUCUGUGACUUCUCUAAUGAUGAAUAAAGAUGGCUUCUUGGGAGGAAUGUCAGUCAACACCGGCGAGGUAUUUUGCUCAGUCCCAGGCCGUUUAUCUCUACUCAGUUCAACUUCAAAAUACAAAGUGACUGUGGGAGAAGUUCAGAGACGGCUCUCGCCCCCUGAAUGCCUCAAUGCGUCUCUCCUUGGCGGCGUCCUCAGAAGAGCCAAAUCGAAAAAUGGGGGGAGAUCCUUGAGAGAAAGGCUAGAAAAAAUCGGUUUGAAUUUACCCGCGGGCAGGCGCAAAGCAGCAAAUGUCACGUUACUCACCUCCCUGGUGGAAGGGGAAGCUGUUCACUUAGCUCGGGAUUUUGGGUAUAUUUGCGAAACAGAGUUUCCUGCUAAAGCCGUGUCCGAGUACUUGAACAGACAGCACACGGACCCCAGUGACCUGCAUUCCAGAAAGAAUAUGCUGCUGGCCACCAAGCAACUUUGUAAAGAAUUUACGGAUCUGCUGGCGCAGGACCGGACCCCGAUCGGCAACAGCCGGCCCAGCCCCAUCCUGGAGCCCGGCAUCCAAAGCUGCCUCACGCAUUUCAGUCUCAUCACGCACGGCUUCGGCGCCCCUGCCAUUUGCGCUGCGCUCACGGCCCUGCAGAACUAUCUCACCGAGGCGCUCAAAGGCAUGGACAAGAUGUUCUUGAACAACACCACUAACAGGCACACGUCUGGGGAAGGCCCAGGUAGUAAAACUGGCGACAAGGAGGAGAAACACAGGAAAUGAAAAAAAAAAAAAAAAUUAAAGAGAAGGAAAAUGUUUUAAAUACAAAAGGAAAACAGAAAAAAAAUAAUUUUAGCUUUAACAUAUUGGAUUGGCUUUGGAAGAAUUAUAUUAGGUAGAAUACACAUACAAUCAAAAUUUAAAAAAAGAAAGCUAAAUAACUUAAAAAAAAAUAAACUGAGGCAUACAACGGAGCAACAAACCGGCUCUCGGUGUCUAUUUCAAGAUACACAUGGAGACAACCAUCCGGAUUUUCCACUUCGGUUCUUUCGAGCUUAGUAAUACAGAUAAUAAAAGAAAACUAUGAAACCCCCUUUUGGAAAAUAAACAUGAGACGAAACAUGAGAACACGCUAAUUUAUUGGAAGAAAAUUGGAGAAACGUUGGUGUCAAUGCUUUGAGAGCUGGUUGACUGAGACGCACGAACUUUUAAAUUUAAUUUUUUUUUUUAAAAGGAAACUCUCGCAGUCCACGCGCUCCAUUUCUCCUCACCCUACUCUCCGCUGCUUCCCUUUCUCCCCUCCUCACACGGUUCUGGGAAUCUGCCGGGUGAUCCCCAGUGUGAUUAGUUCAUUGGCGUUGCGUUUGUCCCUUUGGUGUCCAGACCUCGCCUUGUUCCCAACUCCCCGGUGCCCAACUCCCCCCGGUGUGUUUAAUUAGGGAGGCGUGGAGGGGGAAGGGGGUGGGGAGAGGCUCUAGCGUUUGAUCUGGUCUUGAGAGCCGAGGUUCCCGCGGCAGAGGAAACCCAGGCCGAUAAGUUGAUUCAUCAUGGUUCCUUUCAGAAAAUGUUACUAGUUCCCAGACUUGCCAGCACCUGUUCACAGAGAAUAUUAUAUUCGUUAUACUUGUGUCAACUAGAAGUAUAGUUUUAAAAAAAAAGAAAGAAAGAAAACAAAACACGAAUACUUUGAUUAGUAUGUAAUUCCUUCGGAGGGGUAUGUACCAUUUCAUUUUCUUCUGUUUCCCAAAGCUUUACCCGCAUGGUUUAUGAGCUUCUUCAAAGAAGACUUGGGCUUCCUACACAAUCUAUAAGGUACUGAGAAAAAAAAAAAUCCGAUCCCUUUAAAGUCAAAGCCUGUGUGUCAGAAUUCAGCAGGUUCACUUCUUUAAAGAAGCUCAAAGGGAAUCGUUUAGGAAGUGGCCAGUAUGGGGGUGGGGGGGGACAGCUUUGAAUCUUCUUGCUUACGCACCUCAACACGGGGUUUUCCGCAGGGGUGGGGCACUGUAAAAUGCCUUUUAAGGGAGUAAGGCUUCUUGGGAACCUAUAUUCUAAUAGUGUUGUCUUCACUGAAAAAUGAAUUGCAUUUUCUUGGGCUCUUUGGGGAUCGUUGUUCUAAUGGAGAAAGAAGCAGCCUUGCCGAUGUAAUUGGGGAAGACAGCUUUAUGAAUGAAGCAGUUUCCCCUCUUAAACAUAGACUUAUUUUGGCACAAAAUGGUUAA